CCUCUGGGUCACCUCCUAGAGUGGCCUGAGGCCACCCCAGGCUGCAGCCCCUGCGUCUCCGCGCCCGGGGGCCGGGGGUCCUCAGCCACGUUUUUGUUCCCGCUGGACCUGCCUCCCACCGCGUCCCGCUCCUGCGCGCCCUCGACAGCUUACACCCGCGCAUGUCAGGGUGGGUGCACGGGGUGCUGGAAGUCACGAGUGGGACUGUGAGACCAGCGUGGCGCUAGUGGACGCUCCUCGCCCUGGCACUCAGGCGGUGCACCCGGAGACAACUCUCUCUGCGCUCCCAGGUCCUCCUGGGGGCGGACAGGAGAUCCGGGCUCGCCUUUCGGGGGACGUGGGGAGAGAAGCAAGAGAAACCUCGCCAGCGGGCGGCUGCGCACGAACAAAGGCGAGGUCCCUAGAGGGAAGCCAGCGUCGGCGCCGCCACCGACGCGCGUGGAGAGGACCCCCGCGCGCGGACUCCGUCGGCAGGACCGUCGCGGGCCUGCUCGCGGAGAGGUGGAAGGGCGAUCCGCGAGCGACGCGGAGCCCUGUGGCCAGGAAGACUUCCUGGAGGCCUGCCGUCAUGUGCUAGGGCACUUGGGACGUGCAGUCACACCCUCCCCACUCCGGGGGUCGCCUUGUCCACUGCGCCACCAUGGCCGGGGACCGGCUCCCUAGAAAGGUGAUGGACGCCAAGAAGCUGGCCAGCCUGCUGCGGGGCGGGCCCAGGGGGCCCCUGGUCAUCGACAGCCGCUCCUUUGUGGAGUACAACAGCUGGCACGUGCUGAGCUCCGUCAACAUCUGCUGCUCCAAGUUGGUGAAGCGGCGGCUGCAGCAGGGCAAGGUGACCAUCGCCGAGCUCAUCCAGCCAGCUGCGCGCAGCCAGGUGGAGGCCACGGAGCCGCAGGACGUCGUGGUGUAUGACCAGAGCACGCGGGACGCCAGCGUGCUGGCCGCCGACAGCUUCCUCUCCAUCCUGCUCAGCAAGUUGGACGGCUGCUUCGACAGCGUGGCCAUCCUCACAGGGGGCUUUGCCACCUUCUCCUCCUGCUUCCCCGGCCUCUGUGAGGGCAAGCCUGCCACCCUGCUCCCCAUGAGCCUCUCGCAGCCCUGCCUGCCCGUGCCCAGUGUGGGCCUGACCCGCAUCCUGCCUCACCUCUACCUGGGCUCUCAGAAGGAUGUCUUGAACAAGGAUCUGAUGACCCAAAACGGAAUAAGCUACGUCCUCAACGCCAGCAACUCCUGCCCCAAGCCCGACUUCAUCUGCGAGAGCCGCUUCCUGCGCAUCCCCAUCAACGACAACUACUGCGAGAAGCUGCUACCCUGGCUGGACAAGUCCAUCGAGUUCAUCGAUAAGGCCAAGCUGUCCAGCUGCCAAGUGAUCGUGCACUGUCUAGCCGGCAUCUCCCGCUCCGCCACCAUCGCCAUCGCCUACAUCAUGAAGACAAUGGGCAUGUCCUCAGACGACGCCUACAGGUUCGUCAAGGACCGGCGCCCCUCCAUCUCGCCCAACUUCAACUUCCUGGGCCAGCUGCUGGAGUACGAGAGAAGCCUGAAGCUGCUGGCUGCGCUGCAGGGGGACGCGGCUUCCUGCCCGGGGACGCCCGAGCCCCUCCCUGGCCCAGCCCCGCUGCCCGGACUGCCCCCACCUACCUCAGAGAGCGCGGCCACCGGCACUGCCGGGAGCGUGGUGGCUGCCGGCGGCAGCGCGGCCACCGAGGGCAGCGGUGCCAGCGGCGGCUGUUGCGGGGAGCCACCCGCUCCCGCGGCCGCCCCGGCUACCAGCGCGCUGCAGCGGGGCCUACGGGGCCUACACCUGUCCUCCGACCGCCUCCAGGACACCAACCGCCUCAAGCGCUCCUUCUCGCUGGAUAUCAAGUCUGCCUACGCACCCAGCCGGCUGCCCGAUGGCCCCGGGCCUCCAGACCCGGGCGAGGCACCCAAACUCUGCAAGCUGGACAGCCCUUCUGGGGGCACUCUGGGCCUGCCCUCACCCGGUGCCGACAGCCCGGAUGCGGUGGCGCCCGAGACGCGCCCACGGCCCCGCCGGCGGCCCCGCGCCCCCGCUGGCUCCCCGGCGCGCUCCCCGGCACACGGGCUUGGCCUGAACUUUGGCGACUCGGCGCGGCAGACUCCGCGGCACGGCCUCUCCGCCCUGUCGGUGCCUGGGCUGCCUGGGCCCAGCCAGCCCGCUGGCCCUGGGGCCUGGGUGCCGCCGCUGGACUCUCCCGGCACGCCGUCGCCCGAUGCGCCCUGGUGCUUCAGCCCCGAGGGCGCGCAGGGAGCGGGUGGCCCGUGCUUGGCGCCCUUCGGCAGCAGCAGCGGCGGCGACCUGCGACGGCGGGAGACGGCGCGGGCAGAGCCCCGGGAUGCGCGGACCGGCUGGCCGGACGAGCCGGCGCCCGACUCGCAGUUCAAGCGGCGCAGCUGCCAGAUGGAGUUCGAGGACGCCAGAGCCGAGGGCCGCACGCGGGGCGAGGAGCUCGUGGCGCUGGGCAAGCAGGCCAGCUUCUCGGGCAGCGUGGAGGUCAUCCGGGUGUCCUGA